GGACGCCGUAAAUUUAUAAUUUUUUAAAGAUUUUUUUUAAUUAAUUGUAAUUAAGGUCGUUGAAAGGAAUUUUUAAAUUGCAUGAAAAAUUAACCCACAAAGAUGAGUCGUUUAUAUGACACCGUGGAACCAUCAGUUAUUGAUGAGGACAUGUUACAGAGAGCAGUGGAAGAACAGGGACCUAAAGAUGAAGCAGGAAAACUGGCGAAAGAAGAAGGCAUUGAUUUUAAUGAUGUAACAAGUUUGAGGCUGGAUUUUAAAAAUAUUUUGAAGAUAGAUAAUUUAUGGGAGUUUACCAACCUAGUAAAACUACAGCUAGAUAAUAAUAUUAUAGAGAAAGUUGAAGGGUUAGAAUUAUUGGUCAAUCUAGUAUGGCUAGAUUUAUCAUUUAAUAAUAUUGAAGUUAUUGAAGGAUUGGGUACACUGACUAAACUACAAGAUCUAACGUUGUAUAAUAACAGAAUAUCUCGUGUCGAGAAUAUGGAUAGUUUGACUAAUUUACAAGUAUUAUCUGUUGGUAAUAAUCAGUUAACAGAAUUAGAAAAUUUGAUCUAUUUACGAAGAUUUAGACAAUUAAAAACUUUAAAUCUUAGUGGUAAUCCAUUCUGUGAGGACGUAGAGAAAUAUAAACAGUUUGUGGUAGCGUAUUUAUCACAUCUAGAAUUUCUUGAUUACAGACUGAUAGAUGAACAAUCAAAAGAAGCAGCGAUAGAUAAAUACCAGAUAUCUAUAGAUGAAAUCCAACACAAUGAAAGAGCUGAGGAAAGAAAACAGGAAGAAAAGCAACAGAAAGAGGAAGAACUCAAAAUUCACACGGCAGCGUACGUAGAAUAUCUAGAUGGUAGCAGUCUGUUUGAUAGUAUGUACUCUGAAGAUUCUGAUGGUCAAAGAUUAAAUGAAAUGCCUGGAGUGGAUGAGCUAGAAAUUAGGGCCUGGUUCGCUAAGAAAUUCCUAGCGGUAUGUCAGAAAAUAUUUGAAUAUGGUUUGACUGAAAAUGAGAAACGUCAGGCAGAAGUCAACCAGUUCUGGGAGUGUGUGGAGGAGGCCAAGACAGAAAAUAAAGAGGCAGGUGUUAAAAUCCUGGAGGCAUUCAACGUUGAGAGAAAAAGGGUAAGCCAGUUGAAUUUUAUAGAUGAUAAAAUAGAGGCGUAUCAUGUCCAGAUAACUGAAUUAUGGGAUAAAUUGAUGGGUCUAGAAUUACAACUCGUUGACCAGCUGGAGGAAAUUAUAAAAGAUUUUGAGAGAAAUAUGCAGGAAAUGGUAUCAAUGUUUAUAGAAAAUGUGAAAGGUCAUUUAACACAAUGCCGUGACCUAGAGAACAUGCAUCACGAACGAAUGAUGGAAAUUUCCAUCGUGACUCUGGAGAAGGUGAUAAAGAAUGAACUAGAUGAAGAAAUCAGUGAAGAAUUGAGAAUGCUGUUUGUGGAUAAAGAUACAAUCAUUGGAGCCGUGUCUUCGUCACAUGACCUUCACUUACUAAAAAUAGACAAUAAGGAAGACGAUAUUGAAACAAGGAUUAAGAAUUGGUUGAGUUUGAUGAUGUCUAGAAUUAGAAAUGAAGAAGAAAUCAAGAGAAAUCGAGUUCGGGUCGUAGAAGUUAAUCAUCAGAUUGACCAAUUAAAAGAUGAGAUUGAUAACCUCGAGUUUUUACAGGGACCUUAAAUUAACGAUGUAUUGUAACGCGUGUUUAUGACUGAAAACGGGCUUUUAUUAAUUGAUGUAGAUGAAAUUGGGAAAAAGCGAUACAUCCACAAAAGACUUCAAACUACUAAAUUAAUUUGUGUUUUCAAAGAAAGGGGAUUGUUUUGUGGAAUUACAAGGACCCUAAAGUACUGAAUUUAAUUUUUUGACAAAGGUUGUUGCUUUUGAACUGAAGGCUUGGGUAUUCAAAGGACCAAGAUAUGAAUGAACUGUUGCUGAAAAUGACUGGUUUUGCUUCAUAAAUUAAUUUAGUAUGUUAUGGUCCUUGUAAAAACUGAUUGUGCAAAAAUUGUUGGGUUUGUUCAAAUUAUUAAAUUUUACUCCAUAUUAUUCUGAAGGAUACUUGUGAUCACCAGUGACAAUAUGGCUUGAGAACUUCUGUGAUAUUUCAAGAUUUUUGUGAAUUUUGUUCAAAUCUUUUAUAAAUUCUUGUAAACAAUGUUUGUAAAUAAUUUCUGUUUUAUUUGUAAAUAUUUGUAAUAUUUAUUUGUGUACAUUUCAAUUAAAGUCAUUUUAUUCCAUUAUCAUGCAAUACUUAUUUCUUUAAAAACUCAUUUUCUGAAAAUAAAAUUCUCUUUAUCUUGAAAAUCACACUCCUCUAACAGACGAAGCUUCUUAAUAACUACUUCUCAAUCUGCUGAAUUAUAUCAGUCUAUAGUAAGAUAGUUAUUGACUAUUUGUGUACAAUAUUCUUUCUUAAGUCUUUG